CAAAACAAUUGCGAAAUAUAUCAAUAUGUGUGAUCAUUUGCAACAUUAAGCUCCGUUUUUAAUUUGCAUUCAGUGUUUGUUGUUCAGUAAUAACAGUGGGAUAUCUUGUGAAAUUCUUGACUUGAAAUAAUGUGAUGCCUUGUCACAGGAAAUAUUUGUCAAAAAUGUAAAAAUAGCGUGGAACCUAGUACCGUCUAACAUUGACAUAAAAUAAUUGAAAAAGCUAUGUGUAAUAGUUUUCAUUUAAAAAAAAAGCGAACUAAAUGUUGGUCGUUCCAAGAUAUUAACUCAAGUUACAUUUUAAUCGUUAUUCUCGCGUAUUUCGUACCGUCUGUGCUCAACCGGUAUUUGGCGACACCGCGUGUCCGUUUAUGGCAUUACAACAACACCUCCUCAUGCUUGCCUGUGUAGCAAUUUAGCAAGUUUGGGGCAAGGUACAGUGUCAACGCUAAAGGCUAGCUUGUCACACUUUGUGGAUUAGGAUGCUCAGACUGGCAUGGCGUCGCCUGACGUCCAAAUAUAGCCGGGUGCAACCCGAGCGUCUUGUCAUUGCAGCCCUCAGGCACACAACCCCUUCGUACACAAACUCGGGGAAUACCGGAAAGUUCUUCCGACAUUGUACCCACCGCCGCCACCAACAACCACCACCAAACGUCAGGUCAACAACAUUCCACUUCCUCAGAUUAUCUCCUUUCACGAGCAUGGCAUCAGGGGGAGAAGGGCCACCCGCAACGCCUCCCAGACACACCAAUAGGCUCGCCAAGGAGAGGUCACCCUACCUGCUGCAACAUGCGCACAACCCCGUUGACUGGUAUCCGUGGGGGCAGGAGGCCUUCGACAAGGCACGAAAUGACGACAAACCCAUCUUCUUAUCAGUGGGCUACUCAACAUGCCACUGGUGUCACGUUAUGGAGAGGGAGUCUUUUGAGGACGAAGAAAUUGGCAAAUUGCUCAGCGACAACUUUGUCUGCAUUAAAGUCGACCGAGAGGAGAGACCGGAUGUGGAUAAAGUAUACAUGACCUUCGUUCAGGCAACAAGUGGAGGUGGAGGAUGGCCAAUGAGUGUGUGGUUAACCCCUGAUCUCCGCCCUUUUAUCGGCGGCACCUACUUUCCACCCAGAGACCACGGGAGACGACCCGGCUUUAAGACUGUCCUGACCCGAAUCAUGCAACAGUGGCAGCACAACCGCUCCAACUUGGAGUCCAGUGGGGACAGGAUCCUCGAGGCGCUGAAAAAAGGCACGGCCGUGGUGGCGACCCCGGGCGAAAGUCCUCCUUUGGCUCCUGAUGUGGCUCAACGCUGUUUCCAGCAGCUGGCCCACUCUUACGAAGAAGAGUACGGCGGUUUCAGGGAUGCUCCCAAGUUUCCCACACCGGUCAAUCUGAUGUUCCUCAUGUCUUUCUGGUCUGUGAAUCGCUCCACCUCGGAGGGCGUCGAGGCUCUGCAGAUGGCUCUGCAUACACUCCGCAUGAUGGCGCUGGGUGGCAUCCACGACCAUGUCGCCCAGGGCUUUCAUCGUUACUCCACAGAUUCUUCUUGGCACGUUCCACAUUUUGAAAAGAUGCUGUACGACCAGGCCCAGCUUGCCAUCGCCUACAUAACUGCCUUCCAGGUAUCAGGUGAGCAGGUUUUCGCGGAAGUGGCAAAGGACAUCCUGCUUUACGUCUCCAGAGACUUGAGUGACAAGUCUGGGGGUUUUUACAGUGCGGAGGAUGCAGACUCUUUCCCAACAUCAGGGGGAUCCGAAAAGCGCGAGGGGGCUUUUUGCGUCUGGACAGCCUCGGAGGUUCGCCAGCUGCUGGCUGACGUGGCAGUGGGCGCCAGUGGAUCCGCCAACCUCGCCGAUGUUUUCAUGCACCAUUAUGGAGUGAAAGAGCAAGGCAACGUUGCCCCCGAACAGGACCCUCACGGGGAGCUGCAGGGCCAGAAUGUGCUGAUCGUGCGGUAUUCCGCCGAGUUGACAGCCGCGCACUUCGGCGUUAGUGUGGAGACGGUCAAUGAGCUUUUGGCUUCGGCGCGAGCCAAAAUGGCCGAAGCGAGGAAGGUUCGGCCACGCCCGCAUCUGGACACCAAGAUGCUGGCCUCCUGGAAUGGUCUGAUGCUGUCAGCCUACGCCCGUGUCGGAGCCGCGCUCGGGGACGAGGCGCUGCUGGAGAGGGCGGCGCACGCCGGCCACUUCCUGAAGGAACACCUGUGGGAUGCGGAGAGGCAGACCAUUCUGCGAUCCUGUUACCGUGGAGACCAGAUGGAGGUGCAGCAGAUAUCACCACCUAUUUCUGGCUUCCUGGACGAUUACGCAUUCAUCAUUUGCGGCUUGCUGGAUCUCUAUGAGGCCACCAUGCAAACCGAGUGGCUGCAGUGGGCUGAAGAGCUGCAGCUCAGACAGGACGCGCUGUUCUGGGACUCGGCGGGUGGAGGCUACUUUUGCUCUGACCCAAGUGACAGCACUGUUCUGCUACAACUCAAAGAAGAUCAGGAUGGUGCCGAGCCCAGUGCUAACUCCGUGUCAGCGUCCAGUCUGUUGCGUCUAUCCCAGUACACCGGAAGGCAGGAAUGGCUCCAGCGGUGCCAACAGCUACUGGCAGCGUUCUCGGACCGUCUCACCAAUAUACCCAUCGCUCUACCCGAGAUGGUGCGGGCACUCAUGGCACAGCACCACAUGCUUAAACAGAUUGUGAUCUGCGGCCAAAGAGAGUCCCCAGAUACAAAAGGUCUUCUCGAGGCAGUCCACUCCCUCUUCCUCCCGCACAGGGUCCUGAUGCUUUUAGACGGCAGUUCGGACGGUUUCCUCCGCCAGCGUCUGCCUGCGCUAUCCUCCAUGUCUCAGCAGGGCGGAGUAGCCACCGCCUACGUGUGCCAGGACUUCACCUGCUCACUGCCUGUCACCGAGCCCCAGGAGCUACGCCGGCUGCUACUGGACGGCAAUGUGGAGAUGCAACGCUAAAUGAGCAGUUGAAAGUUUUGUUUUUUUAACUUGACUGAAUGAGCUUUAAACACUUUUUAGCAAAUCUGGCCAGCUUAUCUUUUUUUUUUUUCAGCUUUCUAUGACUAAAUUCAAUGUAUCCAGUAA